CAAGUUGCUUAUCGCAUCCACGGAACCAGUGUCGUACCAGUGCUCCUUGCGUACUAAUACGCGCUCCGCGACUGCAACAUCAUAAUAUUGAUGAUUAGGACUGACCACCCUCGAUUUUCGACGCGUUUGAUUUUUGAUGAAACGACAAGACCACGCACAAGAAAACAGGAACGGGAACGGGGAUCAUGCGUCGUACCUAUAACAAGUUUUGUCCGACGGAGUCGGUAACUGCGCGAUCUAUCCAUGUUGCGAGGAAGGAUGCGCUGAAGAGGUUUUAUGAGUGUGGGUUUCCGUAUUCUAGGAAACUAACAGCCCACAAAUCAUGCGUCAAUUACCUCGCCUUCUCAAGACACGACGGUAGAUGGCUCGCAAGCGCUGGAGACGAUUUCCGCGUGUUACUUUGGGAUUUCAGCGAGGAGGACGUGGUGCGUCCGGGGCAUGUUUUUACUGGGCCUAGCGGAAAUGUACUGGCGCUUGAUUUCUCAGCUACGAAUCAGUAUUUGUACAGUGGAGGAGCCGAUAAUAUUACUUUGAAAUAUGAUGUUUCGACGUUGCGGGGGGUUGGUAGGAGUAAUGGGAGGGGUUCGUCGUCCUUUGUUAAGCAGUACGAAGAUCACGACGAUAGCGUCCGAGCGCUUACGUGCCAUCCAUACGAAGACGAGAUAUUUCUCAGCGCUAGUGAGGAUGGAAAACUCGUACUGCAUGAUGGUCGUGCUGGUGGUGGAAUGAGCACGGCGCAGGGGACGCUUCAACAUACGGCUUCAUUCACAGGCGUGCAACAUCAUCCUGUCAUGGAGCAUGUUUUUGCGACGUGCGAUGUACAUGGGCAGGUUUGUCUCCGGGAUACGAGGAUGACUUUUGGGCCAUUGUCGACACGGUCGAAUGGUGGGAUCGUGAGAGUGUAUAACACGAAGUUGUCGAGAAAGUCGGCGAGGUAUCUUAGUAAUCCGGAAAGCAGCAGUUUGACUUUUGAUCGUGAUGGAAGUAAAUUAGCCGUAACGUUCCUUCACUAUUUCCCGACGAUAUAUGCCCUGUCAGAUCCACAUCCCCUGGCUAUAUGCACAGGCCGCAAUGCCCCCAAUGGAACCCAGAUCUCUCCACCUCAACGAACAUACACCAAUUCAUGUACGAUGAAAUCGGGCGCGUUCGGUGGUCCUGGAAUGGAUGAAGAUGACAUGUACGGCGCUGGGUCUGAUGAUUUCAGGGCCUAUGUAUGGAAAAUUCCUCCUUUGAUGACUUUGCAGGGGCUCAGGAAGGAGAUCACCUCUUAUGACUGGUAUACCCGCGAAUGGCCGGAUACUGUAGCGUUUGCAGAAGGGAAGUGGGAGAGCAGAUACGUGCCUUUUGAGAUAUCGACGCCGUUAGCGAGACUGAAUGGGCAUAAAUCGAUCGUGAAUGCUGUCGCGAUCCAUCCGUCCUUGCUGCAUGUCGUGACUUCGGGUGUUGAACGCCAAAUUAUGCUUCAUAGCCCUAUACCUUCAUCACCUGCUGUUCAAAAUCUUCUUCCUACUCCACCGACCGUCAGGACGCUUCAACCUCAAGAUAUAGCAGCACAAAGAACGUUCCUGAGAGCGCUUUUUGGGCCACAUCCGACGCUGCGUGAGGAGGUUGAGGAGGAGGAAGGGGAGGAUGAGACGAUCUCUCUAUUUGAUCACAUCUUGAGAGAAGAGGGUGAAGCAGAUGUGUUUACAGUGAGACGUUGGGGAGAAGAUUCAGCAGAAGACUCAGAAGAUGAAGAUGAAGAUUCAGAAGAGACCGUGAUCGAUUAACUUUGAUACCUCUCUGAUUGCUCCCUAUAAUUCAGUUCAGGUGAUGAUGGCAGUGCACUGUGGAUAAGCGCCUCGUUCUUGUUCUUGUCACAGCUUAUUUCCAUUCCGCGAU